CGAGCACAAGCCAAUGAAACAAAGCGUUCUUACAGUCGCCGGACUUUCCCCCAAAACAUGGCAGCUCUCUGGCGCUUGCUUGCGCCACACCGUGUUGAAGGUUGACGGCGAAAUCCUCAAAGUAGCGUAAAUAUGCUCAGCCUCACUUUACGAGAGGUUUCCGUUGCACUCAGAGAGGGCAAGAUCUCUCCAACUGAGCUGUGGAGGAAGUGCUUGAACCGCAUCAAGCAGAACCAGCAUCUAAAUGCUUACAUCACAGUGACAGAGGAACUGGCCUUGAAGCAGGCUCAAGAAGCAGAGACCAGACUAGUGAGAGGUACCCCUAAAGGUCCUCUUGAUGGAAUCCCUUUCGCAGUCAAAGACAACUUUUGCACGAAAAAUGUCAAGACCACAUGUGCUUCGAGGAUGCUUCAAGACUACACUCCACCGUACAGCGCUGCAGUAGUGCAGAAGCUGUUUGACCAGGGAGCCGUUCUCAUUGGGAAGACCAACAUGGACGAGUUUGCCAUGGGUUCGGGCAGUACUGAUGGUGCGUUUGGGCCAGUGAGGAACCCGUGGAGCUACGCCACUCCCUACUGUGAGCGGACCGGUGCGGUACCGGACUCUGACUGGGUUAUCUCUGGAGGAAGUUCAGGAGGAAGCGCCGCAGCUGUGGCCUCCCUGACCAGUUACCUAGCUUUAGGGUCGGACACAGGUGGUUCCACCCGUAACCCAGGAGCACUGUGUGGCGUUGUGGCUCUGAAGCCGACGUACGGGCUGCUGUCGAGAUAUGGCCUUAUACCUCUGGUCAACUCCUUUGACGUUCCAGGCAUUAUGACACGAAGUGCCAGCGAUGCAGCCAUGAUUUUAAGUAUUCUCCAAGGCGUUGACACAAAAGACUCAACAACAGUUCCUGCACCCCCAUCGUCAACAGAGCUGCCUGAAAACCUCGACGUCCACAACCUCUUCGUAGGCAUUCCAAAGGAGUUCUACCCCCCUGGACUGUCCGAGGAAACUGUUGCAGAGUGGAGUCGGGUAGCUGACAUGUUUGAGAAAUCGGGUGCACGCGUGGAGCAAGUGUCCCUUCCCCACAGUCAGUAUUCCACUGCGUGUUACCACGUUUUGUGCUGCGCUGAGGUGGCGUCGAACAUGGCGUGUUUCGAUGGCCUACAGUAUGGCCAUCGUAGCCAAAUGGACAGUUCCACAGAGGUCAUGUAUGCCACCGCACGACAUGAGGGUUUCAAUGAUGUUGUGAGAGGCAGGAUAUUAUGUGGAAACUACUUCUUGCUGAAACAAAACUACGAGCAUUACUUCUUGAAAGCCCAGAGGGUUUGUCGACUGAUUGCAGCCGAUUUCAAGCACGUGUUCAACUCGGGUGUGGAUGUUCUGCUGACGCCCAUCACUCUCUCAGACGCCCCGCGUUACGACGACUUCGCACAAGAAGACAACCGAACGCGCAGCUCGCAGGAGGAUGUCUUCACCAUUCCCGCCAACACGGCAGGUCUCCCCGCUGUUUCUGUGCCAACUUCCUUAUCCAGAAAAGGCCUUCCCAUUGGCUUACAGCUCAUAGGGCCCGCCUUCCGAGACAAGAAGCUGCUUAGUGUUGCCCGGUGGAUCGAACAAAGGGUUGGCUUUCCCUCCAUCAGUGACUUUGAGGAAUCCAGCAGGCAGAGUUCCAGUUGCAAUCAUGGCUUUGCAGGGGGGGGGGGGGCAGAGAUGAAGAGAUGAGGUAGUAGCCCACUGUAACCUCUGCAAUCCUCUAUGAGAUAAUCAUGUAUUAGAGAUUGAAAUUAUUUUAUUGCCUCGAAUCCAGUAAAAAGGAACAGACUUCAGCCAUGUGACCAGAGCCAAAUGUUGAUAGUUACUUGCUACAUCUUGACCCAUGUAAAAUAAUAGAGAUUUGAAUGUG